UCGUCGUCGAGUUGAACCUUCAACAUUUCCUGAGGCCAGUCAGAAGAAUGGCCCCAUGGUCAUCCGAUCGGUGCCGACAAGAAGAGCUCUACUUCGUUCAGAAGCACGAAGCCACGGCCACCCUUCCUCGGGGCCAAUGCUGGUUCCUCAUUGAUGCCAAGUGGAACGAGCGAUGGUGGGCGUACGCGACGACUGCGGACAGCCCUGCCCCUGGUCCAAUCACCAACGAAACAUUGGUGGAAGAUUCGUGGCGGCUCCGUCUGCAUGGAGACGCGCCUGGCAAUGCCGACACGCCAUGUUUGGGCUUGCAAUUGACCACGGACUACGUGUGCGUGACGUCGUUGGUGUGGUGUUUCUUGGUCGAAUUGCAUGGCACGAGUGGCUUGCCCCCUUUGGCUCGGUACACAAAAGAUAUUUACUCCGUGCAGGUGCCAUCAGUGUUGCUCGACAAGGUGCUCAAGGUGCCUCGGUUGCAAGCUAAAGUACUCGUGUCGUCAUUCGUCCACCACUCCACUGGCCAAGUGUCUCCACGACCUCCAACCGUCCCAAUCGAUAACAAGGCCAGUAAUGCCGUAGCCAGCUCUUGGCCCUUUCUGGCGCCGAUUCCACUGGCGAAUUGGAUGCAACUGCAGUAUUGUAUUCUGCUGGCCACGGACAUCGCUUUUCAUUGUCACAAUGGCAGCAAUAUGUGGCAGGGGGUAGCGUUGGCCUCUGUCUGGAUCAGCGUUCCCACUUUACUGGUUCAAUUUGCCAUCACCACCGUCCGCCCCCUUUGUAGCCAUGCGUCAGCUGUUGGCGCCCCCCUUGUCGUGGGGGUUUGGUUUCAAACCGCGCUCGUGUUCGCUGGGGUGGCGUCCGUUCCAGUCAUUCUUUCGUAUGUUUCAAUGGGAAAAUUCCUUGUUUGGAUUGUGCAAGACCCGUCCACUGUGGCAACCGCGCGUGCCUUUGCGGCGACGUUGGCCGUUGGAGUGCCUCCCCAAUUUGCCUUUUCAGCCCUUGUGUCCGUCUUCGGAGUUGUCGUUCAAGAGGGCGGGGGGAUUUCCCCUUUGGUCGUGGCGCAUAUGUUGACUUGGAUAUUGAAUGGUCUGCUCAACGUGCUCUUCCUUCAUGGAUGCAUUGGCGUUCCACCACUCGGCGUCCACGGCCCUGCGUGGGCAACUGUGAUGAGUCAGUACGUCCAAGUGAUUGCCUUUGCCCUUUGGGCGUUGUUCGUGUCACCAUCUUGGAACUGCUGGGGCGGGUGGAGUUUAGAAUGUAUCCGCCGCUUCCCCACGUUUGUGGCCUCGGCGAUGACCACGUCAUGGGUGUGGAAGACAAUUCUGGACUGGGCGUGUGCCUGCGCAGUGCUGGUGUUUGCUGCAUCGUCGUCGACGAUGAAUGCAACACAAACUUCCACCCAGGCCUUCUUUCUCGUGCUGUUUCACUGCGGCCGGGUCUUCGCCCAGUCGAUAGGCGACGCAUCCGUCCAAGCCGAAGGUUCCAACGCCCGCGUGCAUGCUACUGUGGUCGUGUUGGGUGCUUUAGGCGUUUUCAGCGCAAGCGUCGGACUGGGGGGCGAUCGUUUUGUGGGCUUCUUCCUGGGGACGGAUCCACAGGUCGUGGACGCCUUUCGGUCAGUGGAACCGUCGUUUCUGUGGGCGUUGGGCUUGCUGACAGGCUCGACAGUGAUGCAAGUGUGGCUUUUACAAGGGGCUGACGAGGAGUUCUUCCAUCGAGUUGGACACAUGUGCGCCACUGCCUUCGUGUACGCCCCCCUUUCGUACGUGAUGGGAGUGACAUGGCAGUGGGGGUUUGGCGGAAUGUGGUGGUCGAUGGUAUGCAGUCAAGUGUGGACCAUCUUGGCCCUGUGCUGGGUGACAGUUCGAGGAACUUCAUCGGUGCAAAGUCUAGUCGAUGAAGAAUCGCGAUCGUUGUUGCCGUUGCAACGUGCUCCGUCACAAGAGACGAGUCGCCAGCAUGUAAGCAACUAAGUAGUUAAUAGCAUAGAUUGUCC